AUGGCUGCACAGGAGCUUCGCUGGCUCACCUACCUGCUGACUGACCUCGUGCUGCCCACCCACGCCCCAUGCACUCUUCCCCACCUCCUGCCUCCCGCCCCUGCCCUCUCAUCACCCCUGCAGGCGCAGGUGCAGCGCAUGCUGCGGCUGUCCCCCGCCUGCCAGGCCGCCGUGCAAGCCUUCCACCGCCGCCAUCCCGCUGCCGCUGCUGCCGGCUUCGGGCGCCUCUUCCGGUCGCCGUCGCUCUUUGAGGACCUCGUCAAGGCGCAGCUGCUGUGCAACUGCGGGUGGGGCAGGAGUCUCGGCAUGGCACGUGCGCUCUGCCUCUUGCACCGCCACCACUUUGGCCCUCCCCUCGGCGCACGCGAUUCGCCUGAGUGUGUUGGUGCGUUUCCCGAGCCUCACGAGCUUGCACGCUUGGAGAUCUCGUACCUAACUAGCAGGUGUGGGCUGGGGUACCGAGGCCCACGGAUAGCCAGGCUGGCAGCUGACGUGGCAUCUGGUGCCAUUGACCUGGAAGCACUCCAGAGGGAUUGCCUGCAGGAGAAUUCGCCAAGCGGCGGUGACGUGGCAACAGUAGGCACGGUGAGCGAGAUGGCAGAUGAGCCGGCUGUAGGAGGUGGGGCGAGGAACAAGCAGAGAAGCGAGGGCGAGGAGAUGAGCCAAAGGGCAAGAGCACGAGGUGCAGGCGAUGUGGGGGUGGAUGCGAUUGGAGGGGCUUGCAGGAGGAAGCGAAGAAGGAGUUGGGACGACGGUGGAGGAGAGAUGAAGGCAGCGAAGGCAGCGGAGGAGAAGCAGGCGCCUGUGGUGCGUGGCAACUGCAGCCCCACAGCGCGUGAGGAGGUGCCCUGCUCUGGCACUGCGGCGAGGGGCCAUGCGGGGUGCACGGCAGGCACGGUGGAUGCACUGGCAGCACGAGCAUACGCCGCCCAUGCGCCCUUCCAGUUCCUCGCCUACUGGUGGGAGGUGUGGGGAGAGUACGAGCGGGUGUUUGGCCGCAUGGCACACCUGCCACGGGCGCGCUACCAUGCCAUCACGGGCCACAACAUGCGCACGGCAGGGGGCGCUGCCGUGGGGGGCAGGGGAGGUGGGGAUGAGGCGAGUCACGGUGGGGGUGGUGAUGCGGUGGAGGCCAAGGCGGGUGGUAGUGGUGGCGGUGGUGGUGUCAUGGUGAGCGCUCAGCGCCGCCACACUGGCAGGCGGCGCUCACAGGGUAGGUCGACCAGCCGGACCUCACGCUCCCGUGGCGAGGCAGAGGGGGAUAGCGGGGUAGACGAGGGAGGUGCAGGGAGAGGCGGAAUAAUUGGCAAAUCACGCGCGCAUGCAGCAACAGCUGGUGUGGUGCACCCUGCCGGAGAGGUGUCAGCAGCCACGGAUGGCGCUGGUGUUGCAGCAGGCAGUGGUGAUGGCAGGGUGUGUGUGCAGUGCGGUGUGGCAGGCAUGGGCGUGCGGCGCAGCAGGCGGGUCAUGGCACAACGCACCCAGUGCAGCACGGCCAGUGGCACAGCCGCCUGUAGCAAGUGCUGGGUGCUGCGCGGUGGUGUGCAGCAGCAGGGGGUGGAUGGGACGAGCAGGGAGCGUGGCAAUGGGAGGAGGCGAGGGCACAGCGGUGGGGGCGAGAGGGGUGGGGACUCGGGUGUGGGGCGCAUGCAAGGGGCGGGUGGCGGAGGGAGGAGAGGCAGUGCUGCAGUGGGGAGGGGACGAGGAAAGAGGAGGCGUGAGUUAGAGCGGGGUGAGGUGGGAGGGAGUGAGGUGGGUGAGGAGAGAGGAGGCGAGGCGGGGAUGGCGAUGGUGGUGCAGAGUGGUGAAGAGGAGGGCCGUGAGUGUGUGCGUUCAGGGGCAGGGCAGGCGGCGGAGCAGCAGCAGAGGGAGAAUGCGCAAGGGCAGCAGCGUCUAGAGCAGCAGGGAGGCGAGCAGGCAUGGGUGCAAGGGGAGCAGCAAGCAGCAAACUUCCACACAGGAGUCGAGAUGGGAACGGCAGGUGCAUGGGCGGUGGGUGCAGUGCAGGCGAGCAGUGACGGGGGCACGGUAGGUGGGCAGGAGGCGGAGGCAUGUGGGAAGGGCAGGGCAGGCCAUGAGGAGGUGGCGGGCCGGCACCGCCCCAACAGGCGCCUGCUGCUGUAG